UAAAACGGAAAUGUCAACUGUAACAGCGAUGCAAUGAAACCGCACCCUUAAUUUCACAAGCUCGUGAAAACAUUCCGCAUCAGCGUGAACUGACAGUCGCAGCCUAGUCGCGAUCCAGUGGACAUCAUGAGUGACUUCACCCUGGAGGUAAUUACAACCGAGCAACAAGAAGAAGACGACUUUGACGAAUCCGAAGAGUCGAUAAACGAUGCGACUAUGCAGCAGCUGUUUAUGCUCUUUGAUACGGACAACAGCGGCACUAUUUCGACUGACGAGCUGAAAUCCGUUCUCAAGUCUCUCGGUCAGAACCCGAAUAGGGCAGAACUGCAAGCCAUGAUGGAGGAGGUCGACUGCGAUGGAAACGGUGAGAUCGACUUCGAAGAGUUCAGCGGCCUGCUGUCGAAAUGCAUGCAGAUGAGCGACGACGAAUACAAAGAGAGAGUGGCGGAAGCCUUCAGGAUCAUGGACAUGGACCAGAACGGAUUCAUCGAGCCUCAAGAAUUGAAACAAGUGAUGGAACGGUUCGGGCAGCGUCUGUCCGACGCCGACGUCGCACGAAUAAUGGACGAGGUCGACACGAAUGGCGACGACAGAGUGAGCUUCACAGAGUUUCAAGAACUGAUGAUGCAGAACAGAACACAGCUGGGAUUCUGAGCAUGCACCAGAUCUCUCUAUUAUAUCUGCACCAAAAGUAGCUACACAAAUUUUACAAUUUUGGACUCUUUAGUAUACUGCAUGCUUCUUUUCUAGAUCUAGAUCUAAAUGGCUUGACUGUAGAAUUAUGAACUCAAUGAGGGCUGCAUGCAUGUUGAUUAUUGCCUAACGAAAUUUUUUGUCCAUCUAUUUCGCUUUCAGUAUGAAUUCAAUCUCUAAUAAAGACAUUAGA